AUGUCUGUUCAAGAUAACGAACAAGCCGCAGGCUUUAGCUGGAUGGAUCCACACCCAUUAUUUGUCGUUUUCCUCGUCGGCCCCGACGAGACGCCUUUCGGCAUACAAAAGGACUUUCUUUGCGCGAAAUCAACUCACUUUCGUCGAUACUUUUCCGAACAGCAAGAAGACAAGUUAGAGAAUAUUGUCCAUCUCUCCGAGUUUACAUCGGAGGUCUUUGGUCUGGCGCAAAACUUUAUGUUCACCGGCAGACUGUCAGAUAUCAGUGAGAUACAGGGCUAUGACGUAUACAUAGCAGUUUGGCAGCUGGGCAGCAGGCUAGGAAUUGAGGGUCUUUGCGACACAGCAUUAGAGGCAAUGUCGGAGUGCCGUCGUGUCACUCACACGAUCCCAGCUACGCCUCUUCUUGUUCAAGUGUGGAGGGACACUCCGGAGGGCUCAGAAAUUCGUAACCUUCUUCUGACCUGGGCUGCCGAAUAUAUCCGCUCUUCGGAGGCACGCAGCGAAUUCAGCAAGUCACUCCCUCAAGAGGUUUUGAGCGAGUUGGUGGUAACAAUGAGCCACCUCAACUCAGCACCCGUCAUUCAGGUCAGUAAUGACACUUCAGCUGACGGAACCACACGACGGAAGAACGUGCAUUAUCUUGACGUUGAGGACGAUAAUGCUCGCGAGCACAAGGAGAAAGCCCCCAAACACCGUCAUUCCAUUUCCAGCACGCUUCCUCCUUCAGCUCCGAAAACCAAGACCGAGCGCAAGUCUAACGCCAGAGCCUCGUUACCAGCCACGAAGUCUGCCAAGAGUCGCAAGGCCGGUGUGCAGGUUAAUGGCGAUUUUCAACCCACCAAGGAGCAGAAGCUCAGUUUCUGCAGCGAUCUGUUGACUAGGAUGCUCUCUGGUCCCGGCUUCUGGACCCGUCUUGUCAAGCCAUUCCGAUAUCCUGUUGACCCCGUUGAGGAGGGUGUCCCCGACUAUCCCGACAAGAUUAAGAAGCCUAUGGAUCUGGAGACGAUCAAAACGAAGUUCGACGCGGAGCAAUACAACGAAGCGGAAGAGUUCGUUGCAGAUGUCCGCCAGAUCAUCGACAACUGCUUUGACUACUGGACUGACAAGGACCCCAUGUGGGCUGCGGGCGAGAAGUUCCAGAAGACAUUCGAGGAGAAGUAUUCAGGCAUGAAUAAGUGGAUCGCUAAGCUCGAUGGCGAGGAGCCUGCUUAA